CUGGGCCCUGCUUUGCCCAAAGCCCCGAAUUCUUGCAGGCCCCUGAUCAUGGUGAAGCUACUGCCCGCCCAGGAGGCCGCGAGGAUCUACCACACCAAUUACGUGCGCAAUGCCAGGGCCGUGGGGGUCAUGUGGGGCACGCUGACCAUCUGCUUCUCCGUGCUGGUCAUGGCCCUCUUUAUCCAGCCCUACUGGAUCGGAGACAGCGUCAACACGCCCCAGGCAGGCUACUUCGGCCUGUUCUCCUACUGCGUGGGCAACGUGCUGUCCUCCGAGCUCAUCUGCAAGGGGGGCCCGCUGGACUUCGCCUCCAUCCCGUCGAGAGCGUUCAAGACGGCCAUGUUCUUCAUCGCCUUGGCCAUGUUCCUCAUCAUCGGCUCCAUCAUCUGCUUCAGUCUGUUCUUCGUCUGCAACACAGCCACCGUCUACAAGAUCUGUGCGUGGAUGCAGCUGGCUGCGGCCACGGGCCUGAUGAUCGGCUGCCUGGUCUACCCAGAUGGGUGGGACUCGAGCGAGGUGCGGCGCAUGUGUGGGGAGCAGACGGGCAAGUACACGCUGGGCCACUGCACCAUCCGCUGGGCCUUCAUGCUGGCCAUCCUCAGCAUCGGGGACGCCCUCAUCCUCUCCUUUCUGGCCUUUGUGCUGGGCUACCGGCAGGACAAGCUGCUCCCCGACGACUACAAGGCGGACGGAAAAGAGGAAGUCUGAGCGGCUGAAGGAUCGGUCAUCAAUUUCCCUGACAAUGGAAACCGUGGAAAUUGAAUUCUUCGGAGAUUAAAAUAUUCCUUCUAAGCUUCCCUUUCUACUCUCAAGUUCUGAAGCCUUUCAUUUAGGAUUAGAAUUUGGCAGUCCCCCGUGACAAAAAGGCCUUGACAGACAGAAACCUCAGGUGAAACUGAUCCCACCGCAGCUGGGGAAGGACUGGGGGAGAGGGAGGGUUAGGAUGGGC